AUGGGAAAGACGGCAACGAAUACUCAAGAAAGCGCACUUCAUAUCCUGCCAGAGGAAUCUGCGCCAAAUGCCCUGCCUAGUAGCUAUAGUGUGGAUGAUGAUGGCUGGUGCACGAUUACGAGCAAUGCGGAAGGUAACAAGGCAGGGUUUGAUUUUGAUUAUCGUGUUGAUGGCGAUAUCUCGAAAUGCAUGAUGGUACUCGAUGACGGACCAUGUGGCCGGACGUUUUCCUCUCUGGGUGAUCUGAACAUUCACCAACACGGACAUCUGACUGCAAUAAUGGGCAACCCGAAAGCGGAAGAUAAACAGACAAGACCCAAUGAGCUUCCUCUGAGCUAUCGUUUGGAUGAUCAUGGUUGGAGAUGCAUGAUCGAGGUCCAUGGCGGACCAUGUGGCCGAGUAUAUUCAGCCCUGUAUCAUUUGGAACGCCGCCAUCGCCGAGAACAUGAAUAUGAAUGCUACUUCAGCCCCAACUGCCCACAAGAUGCUCUCUAG